CCCUUGCUCGCGCCGCGCGGCGAGACGUUGGGAGGCGCGCGCGGCCUCUCAUUGGCUGAGCUGGAGCGGAAGGUCCGUUGCUCGACGGUUGAGAGGAAGAAAGGAAAAGGGGGGGAAGCGAGAGAGAGGGCGAGAGGAGGCGGCUCGCGCAGGCGCAGAAGCGCUCCCUGGCUGGCUGAGGCGAGGCCUACCGCGCUGCCGCUUCCGUGAGGGGGAGAGAAGGGAGACCCGGCCGCCGCAUUCGCCUCCGCCGCCCUCCCCGCCGCCGCCAUCAUGAGCGUGGAGGCGUACGGGCCGAGCUCGCAGACGCUGACCUUCCUGGACACGGAGGAGGCCGAGCUGCUGGGCGCCGACACGCAGGGCUCCGAGUUCGAGUUCACCGACUUCACCCUCCCCAGCCAGACCCAGACGCCGCCCGGAGGAGCCGGCGCCGCCGCAGCAGGAGCGGGCCCCGGCGGCAGCAGCGCCGCCGGGCAGGGCAACCCCGCCGCGCCCGGAGGAGGAGGAGCCGGAGGGCUGCCCUCGGCCGUGGGGCCCGGACAGCUCGAUGCCCAGAUCAACGGACCUGAUGGCAUCCUUCAGAAUGGGGCCCUGGAUGACAGCGUGGCCAAAACCAGCCAGCUCCUGGCAGAACUCAACUUUGAGGAGGACGAGGAAGACACCUACUACACCAAGGACCUUCCUGUGCAUGCCUGCAGCUAUUGCGGCAUCCACGACCCAGCGUGUGUGGUCUACUGUAACACCAGCAAGAAGUGGUUCUGCAAUGGACGUGGGAAUACAUCUGGCAGCCACAUUGUGAAUCAUCUUGUGAGAGCCAAAUGCAAGGAAGUGACUCUUCACAAGGACGGGCCCCUGGGAGAAACUGUCUUGGAGUGUUACAACUGCGGCUGCCGUAACGUCUUCCUCCUGGGCUUCAUUCCAGCCAAGGCUGACUCGGUGGUCGUCUUGCUGUGCAGGCAGCCUUGCGCUAGCCAGAGCAGCUUAAAGGAUAUCAACUGGGACAGCUCUCAGUGGCAGCCUUUGAUCCAAGACCGCUGCUUCCUCUCCUGGCUGGUCAAAAUUCCUUCGGAGCAGGAACAGCUGAGAGCACGGCAGAUCACGGCGCAGCAAAUCAACAAGCUGGAAGAACUCUGGAAGGAGAACCCGUCCGCCACCCUGGAGGACUUGGAGAAGCCCGGCGUCGAUGAAGAGCCGCAGCACGUCCUGCUCCGGUACGAGGAUGCCUAUCAGUACCAAAACAUCUUUGGGCCGCUGGUCAAGCUCGAGGCGGACUACGACAAGAAGCUGAAGGAGUCCCAGACCCAAGACAACAUCACCGUGAGAUGGGACCUGGGCUUGAACAAGAAGAGGAUCGCUUACUUCACUCUGCCAAAGACUGAUUCAGAUAUGCGGCUGAUGCAGGGCGAUGAAAUCUGCCUGAGGUACAAAGGAGAUCUGGCCCCACUGUGGAAAGGAAUCGGCCAUGUCAUUAAGGUUCCUGACAAUUAUGGCGACGAGAUAGCCAUCGAGUUGCGGAGCAGCGUUGGUGCCCCGGUGGAGGUGACCCACAACUUCCAGGUGGACUUUGUGUGGAAGUCGACCUCCUUCGACAGAAUGCAGAGUGCCCUCAAGACGUUUGCUGUGGACGAAACCUCUGUUUCUGGCUACAUCUAUCACAAGCUCCUGGGUCACGAAGUGGAAGACGUCAUUAUCAAAUGUCAGCUGCCGAAGCGCUUCACAGCACAAGGACUUCCUGACCUCAACCACUCUCAGGUAUAUGCUGUGAAGACUGUCUUGCAGCGCCCCUUGAGCCUCAUCCAGGGCCCCCCCGGGACAGGGAAGACGGUCACAUCUGCUACCAUUGUGUACCACCUGGCCAGGCAGGGCAAUGGGCCUGUGCUGGUUUGUGCCCCGAGUAACAUAGCCGUGGACCAGCUGACCGAGAAGAUCCAUCAGACGGGCCUGAAAGUGGUGCGCUUGUGUGCGAAGAGCCGCGAGGCGAUUGACUCCCCCGUGUCUUUCCUGGCACUGCACAACCAGAUCAGAAACAUGGACAGCAUGCCUGAGCUCCAGAAACUGCAGCAGCUGAAAGACGAGACUGGAGAGCUGUCAUCUGCAGACGAGAAGCGCUAUCGGGCCCUGAAACGGACGGCUGAACGGGAAUUGCUCAUGAACGCGGAUGUCAUCUGCUGCACCUGUGUGGGAGCCGGUGACCCCCGGCUGGCGAAAAUGCAGUUCCGCUCCAUUCUGAUUGAUGAGAGCACCCAGGCCACCGAGCCAGAAUGCAUGGUGCCCGUGGUCCUUGGGGCGAAGCAGCUGAUCCUGGUGGGCGACCAUUGCCAGCUGGGCCCCGUUGUGAUGUGCAAGAAGGCGGCCAAAGCCGGGCUCUCUCAGUCUCUCUUUGAGCGGCUGGUGGUGCUGGGCAUCCGGCCCAUCCGCUUGCAGGUGCAAUACCGCAUGCACCCGGCCCUGAGCGCUUUCCCUUCCAACAUCUUCUAUGAGGGCUCGCUCCAGAAUGGCGUCACUGCAGCGGACCGUGUGAAGAAGGGAUUUGACUUCCAGUGGCCGCAGCUGGACAAGCCCAUGUUCUUCUACGUGACUCAGGGGCAAGAGGAAAUCGCCAGCUCCGGCACGUCUUACUUGAACAGGACAGAAGCUGCGAAUGUGGAGAAGAUCACCACCAAGCUGCUGAAGGCUGGCGCCAAGCCUGACCAGAUCGGCAUCAUCACGCCCUACGAGGGGCAGCGCUCCUACCUGGUGCAGUACAUGCAGUUCAGCGGCUCCCUGCACACCAAGCUGUACCAGGAAGUGGAGAUUGCCAGCGUCGAUGCUUUCCAAGGGCGGGAGAAGGACUUCAUCAUCCUGUCUUGCGUCAGAGCCAACGAGCACCAAGGGAUCGGCUUCCUCAACGAUCCCCGGCGUCUCAAUGUCGCUCUCACCCGAGCAAGGUACGGCGUCAUUAUCGUCGGCAACCCCAAAGCCCUGUCCAAGCAACCCCUCUGGAAUCACCUGCUGAACUACUACAAGGAGCAGAAGGUGCUGGUUGAGGGACCGCUCAACAACCUCCGGGAGAGCCUCAUGCAGUUCAGCAAGCCCCGGAAACUCGUCAACACCAUCAACCCUGGAGCUCGCUUCAUGACGACUGCCAUGUAUGAUGCUCGUGAAGCUAUUAUCCCCGGAUCAGUAUACGACCGCAGCAGCCAAGGUCGGCCUUCCAACAUGUAUUUCCAAACGCACGAUCAGAUCGGGAUGAUCAGUGCCGGGCCCAGCCACGUCACGGCCAUGAACAUCCCCAUCCCGUUCAACCUGGUGAUGCCGCCCAUGCCGCCACCCGGGUAUUUUGGACAGGCCAACGGGCCAGCUGCCGGGCGUGGAAACCCCAAAGGCAAGACCAGCCGGGGUGGGCGUCAGAAGAGCCGCUUUGGGAUGCCGGGAGCCAGCCAGUCCAACCUCCCCAACAGCCAGGCCAGCCAAGACGUGGUCUCCCAGCCCUUCUCGCAGGGCCCCCUGACGCAGGGCUACAUCUCCAUGAGCCAGCCCUCCCAGAUGAGCCAGCCGGGCCUGUCUCAGCCAGAACUCUCGCAGGACAGCUAUCUUGGUGAUGAGUUUAAGUCUCAGAUCGAUGUGGCCCUCUCACAGGACUCGACUUACCAGGGGGAACGCGCGUAUCAACAUGGAGUGACGGGACUGUCACAGUAUUAGAGUGUUGCAGGAGGAGAGCUAAGCUUGUGUGGAGCUUAGUUCGUCAGCAUUUUAUUCUGGGUAAUAAAAAUAAAAUAAAAUGGAUACCUGUUUUCCACUGCUAAAACUGAAGCAACUCUGUGAGAGCAACAGGAGAGAAGGGAGAGGAAAAGAGAGAAACCAACAGAGAGGAGAGAAGAGAGCUCGAGAGAGAGAGAGAGAAAGAGAGAGAGAGAGACAAAGAGAGCCCACUGCUAGCUCACUGAGACGAGGAGACUGACCAGGGAUGAGACUGAGCGAGCAUCGGAGGACCGACUGGCACCUCGCUGGGGGGCAGCCAACUCGCCCCGGAAGAACUAAGUGGUCAGCGGAGAUCCCUCCCCCCUCCAUCCCCGUUGACGCAGAUCAAGAGAGAGAGAGAGAGAGAGAAGGACCCUGGAAGCCAGAUCACUCGAUUCCGUUCUUCUCGUUGCCAGCAGGGCUUCACUUUUCAGAGCAGGGUGGGGAAAGGAAAACCCCCCAUCUCAGAGUUGUUCAUGUACCAAUCUUCACACACACACACACACACACACACCCCAACACCAUUUUUUUCCUUUCAAAAAGAAAAAAAAGGCGGCAUCUGACGUUUUAGGGAGCAACUGCGUCCAGAAGGAGGAGAUCUGCCACGCUUGUUGGAGAGCAGCCAGCUGGUACCCGACUCUGAGAUGCACGGUUUUGCUGUCUGCAUCCCAGCUUUGAAACUCGCAUGCGGCGUCACCCACGUUCCUAAUGGGCUUUUGUGACAGGAUGGAGUUCUUUUUUGUGUUUUUUUUCCCUUUUUAAAAGAGAGAUGCUUUCAAAUAAGCACUGGAUAUUUUUGUAGAAGUUUGUCUCUGGUAGUUGGGGGAGGGGGGGAAAUCCUCAUGCUGCAAAGCUUAACAAAAAUCUAUAGAAACCCUUCAAAUGCUUAAAAAUUAGAGCGCCAAUCUUUGCUUAAGAUCUCUUCGGUGUGAUGUUGGUCGCUCGGCGUCUUCUUCGGACGGACGACAGCAGUUCUAGGGAGGCUGCCGGCGCAUCUGUGGCAGUGAGGUGGAGGGUUUUACGAGGGUGUGGUUUCAUCUGCUUUUAAUGGGUUCUGCUCUGUGAAAACAACUUUGUUUCUUUGGGGUUUCCCCCCCUGUAAGAUUUACCAUGCGCUUCACAAAAGGGGGAAUUUGUGCCCUUCGUCCCAGAGAAGAAAAAGGAUGCUGGCCUUUCUCUUAGCUCCCACUGACGAUGAGGAACUGUAGUGGAAACUGGGGAUUAUAUUGGUUUUGAAGUAAAGACUCCAUAAAAGAGGCGUUGGGCUAGGCAGGGAUGUUGGAAGGUGGCGGCUGAGCAGGAGGUAAUUCUUAGAGCAGAUGCGGGGCUGGGGCCUGAUUUUUUUUGUCAGGAGUUCUACACUGUGAGCGGGAAGUUGGAACCAGCUCGGGGCUCUGUAUUGACUCCCUCAAGUGGGCGGCUUCAGCCUACAGCGGCACAUCCACCUGGUCGGGGGCAUGGAAACCACUGCUUCCCUUGCGGAGAGCAGUUUGAUGUGCACCUAAAUGUUCCUGCAAAAAUUAAUGUGGGAAAUGGGAUUUCUGGUAAUCCCACGCGUUGGUUUCCUCCCUGGUGAUCUGUUGAGAAUUCCACCUCCCCAGUUGGCUGAGACUGUAGUUCAACCAACCACCCAGGGCUGUGGUGCUUUUCGAAAGACUUUCAAAUUUAAAGUUGGCUUUUCCCAUCAAAGGGCUCUAAACAUCUAAUAACGUGUGUGUUGUGGAACUCAAGGUAACUUCAUGAAUGUACUUGGGGAACUCCCUGUGUUUUUAAAGGAAAGUUGGCAAGCUGGCCUUCCUUCCAUGCCUUUCUCUCCCAAAAGUAGUCAUUCAGCAAGCAGUACUUGCACAAAGUCCUUUUUCUUUUUUCUUUUGCCCCUCCCAGAAAUACACCUUGCAGAUCUGGGAGGGGUAUAGCAGACUCCUGUGAGAACCAGAACCUCUGCCUAAAAACAAAGGUCGCUGUCUUCAACUGUGCAGGGUGGAAUUCCAGGACUCGAAAGACUUCGUCCAUGUGUGAGGGAAAAGGGGAAGCUGCCACCUUCCUUCCGGAAGAUGAAUUCUUAUUUAUUCAGACUGCCGGAGGGCUGCUCUUUCAUUUUAUUCUUGUUUCCCCCACCCCCUUAGGGUAGGCUGCAUAGCUGUGUAGGUUUUUUGAGCUAGAUACUAAGUGUGAACCAUUUUUUGUGUGUAAUGCAAUUCAUUAAUGUAGCCCCCCUUCCUCCCCCACACUAUCUUCCUCCCCCCAAGAUAUUUCACACGCUUGCCUCUGCUUUUUGCCAGCCUAUCUAUAUAAUUUUUUUCCUCUGCAGCAGCUACAAUUCUGAGUUCUUCUAUAAACCCACUGAGCCACUUGUGCUAGCACAGGUGUGUUGAACUCCACCCCCCCCAUCUGUUUGAAACUGUUUGUCAUCGAUAAAAAAAAUAAAGAGCUCUUGCAUUCAG